CGAUUCACCCGCCGGCGCCUGGCCUGGCCCAGUUGCACCGCGAGCGCUGCGGACACUCGGGGCGGCAGUCGGUCUGUCAGUCCUCCCGCCAGGUCCCGCGGCCCGCACCUGCCGCCCGCACCUGCAGCUCCACACCUGCGGCCAGUGCCUACUGCCCUCUCUUGCCGCCCGCACCUGCAGCCCCGCACCUGCCGCUUGCACCUGCAGCCCCGCGCUCUGCCCGGUUCGAGCAUGGCUGACCAGGCGCCCUUCGACACAGACGUCAGCACCCUGACCCGCUUCGUCAUGGAGGAGGGCAGGAAGGCCCGCGGCACGGGCGAGUUGACCCAGCUGCUCAACUCACUCUGCACAGCAGUCAAAGCCAUCUCUUCGGCGGUGCGCAAGGCGGGAAUCGCGCACCUCUAUGGCAUUGCUGGUUCUACCAACGUGACAGGUGAUCAAGUUAAGAAGCUGGACGUCCUCUCCAACGACCUGGUUAUGAACAUGUUAAAGUCAUCCUUUGCCACGUGUGUUCUCGUGUCAGAAGAAGAUAAACACGCCAUCAUAGUGGAACCGGAGAAAAGGGGUAAAUAUGUGGUCUGUUUUGAUCCCCUUGAUGGAUCUUCCAACAUCGAUUGCCUUGUGUCCAUUGGAACCAUUUUUGGCAUCUAUAGAAAGAAAUCAACUGAUGAGCCUUCUGAGAAGGAUGCUCUGCAACCAGGCCGGAACCUGGUGGCAGCCGGCUACGCACUGUAUGGCAGUGCCACCAUGCUGGUCCUUGCCAUGGACUGUGGGGUCAACUGCUUCAUGCUGGACCCGGCCAUCGGGGAGUUCAUUUUGGUGGACAAGGAUGUGAAGAUAAAAAAGAAAGGUAAAAUCUACAGCCUUAACGAGGGCUACGCCAAGGACUUUGACCCUGCCGUCACUGAGUACAUCCAGAGGAAGAAGUUCCCCCCAGAUAAUUCAGCUCCUUAUGGGGCCCGGUAUGUGGGCUCCAUGGUGGCUGAUGUUCAUCGCACUCUGGUCUACGGAGGGAUAUUUCUGUACCCCGCUAACAAGAAGAGCCCCAAUGGAAAGCUGAGACUGCUGUACGAAUGCAACCCCAUGGCCUACGUCAUGGAGAAGGCUGGGGGAAUGGCCACCACUGGGAAGGAGGCCGUGUUAGACGUCAUUCCCACAGACAUUCACCAGAGGGCGCCGGUGAUCUUGGGGUCCCCCGACGACGUGCUCGAGUUCCUGAAGGUGUAUGAGAAGCACUCUGCCCAGUGAGCACCUGCCCUGCCUGCAUCCGGAGAAUUGCCUCUACCUGGACCUUUUGUCUUACACAGCAGUACCCUGACCUGCUGUGCACCUUACAUUCCUAGAGAGCAGAAAUAAAAAGCAUGACUAAUUCCACCAUCAAAUGCUGUAGAAUGCUUGGCACUCCCUAACCAAAUGCUGUCUCCAUAACGCCACCGGUGUUAAGAUAUAUUUUGAGUGGAUGGAGGAGAAAUAAACUUAUUCCUCCUUAAAAAAAA